CUUGUGACAACACUGGCAUGCCUCCUUUGUAAACCCAAGUUUCCGUCACCUUGAUAUCUUGAAACACCGUUCGAUCUUAGAAGUGCAUCCAGGCUCGGGAGCUAUACAUUGCCUUUUAGUCUGCGAUUGUCCGGCUACCUAGCGCUUUCGAACAUUUAUUUAACUGCCCGUCAAUCAUUCCACCAUUGUUGACUUCUUGGUUGCCGUCGAAGCAGCAGGGACAUCGGCUCUAGUUCAUCAGUGUUCAAAUUUCACGAGCAUCCAAGCAGCAUUGCUUAGAAUGAAAUUGUAGCACCAAAUUGCAUCGCAGCAGAAAACUUGGGGUCGGAAGAGCAGCUUAUCAUCCAGAAACGGGCCCGGCUGCUGUCUGCCGCCGCCGCCGUGGAACGCAGGUUGCCGCAUCUCGGGCCACCAUCCACUCGCACUCGUUAAAGCAGAUCAUCGACGCCAGCCGCCAAGAUGAACACCAGAACUCCGCUCGAGAACCCCAGCGCGACCGUCGUCCUCUCCAUCACCUUCAAUGAUGAUUGCAGUUGUUUCGCCGUAGGACUCAACACGGGAUUCUGCAUUUUCCAUGCAGAAACAUGUACUUUGCGAACGACGAGAGACUUCAAUGCCGGCGUAGGCCUUGUCCAAAUGAUGGGCAAAGCUAAUUACGUCGGCCUCGUCGGCGGAGGCAGGCAGCCAAAGUUUGCCGCAAACAAGCUCAUCAUCUGGGACGACCUCAAGAGCAAGGCGGCCCUUGAGAUCAGCGCCCUCACUCCCGUACGGGGCGUCCAGCUGUCCAAGGAGCACAUUGUGGUCGUGCUGCAGAACAGCGUGCGUGUCUACAAGUUUGCCAAGCCGCCUAACCUGCUGUCGGCCUACGAGACGGCCAACAACCCCUGGGGGCUGUGCUGUCUCUCUCCGAAGAGGAUAGCCUUUCCUGGGAGGACGACGGGACACGUGCAGCUGGUCGAGACCGCCACAGGGAACGUCAGCAUCAUCCCGGCUCACACAUCGGCCGUGAAGGCGAUCCAGUUGAGCCCGGACGGCGAACUCUUGGCUACAGCGAGCGAGACGGUCAGUCGACGCUCGAGGUGUUGUUCCCCCCGUCCCUGCAUGGCUGCUGACGGUUGCUUCCAGGGAACCCUGAUCCGCGUCUUCGCAACGAGCAACUGUGCCCGGCUAGUCGAGCUCCGUCGCGGGAUCGACCCGGCAACCAUCUUCUCUCUCGCCUUCAACCCGUCCGGCACCAUGCUCGCCUGCACCUCCGACAAGUCCACGCUGCACAUCUUUGACAUACCACACCCCAAACGCCCCUCCCGCCAGUACUUGCAACAACAACAACAACAGCAACAGUCACAUCAACAGAACGCCGGCGCCGGCGCCGGCCCAGCGUCAGACGGGGGCGGCAACGGCGGCGACGGGCGCGGCAAGUGGGGCAUCCUGGCCAAGAUCCCCAUGAUGCCGCGCAUGUUCUCGGACGUCUACUCGUUCGCGUCGGCGCCGUUCGAGGUGGACGACGAAGGGGACGGCACCGCCGGCAGCGGCCUGCUGGGCGGCCUGCCCGUGUCGGAGAGCACGACGCUGGGCACGUCCAAGCCGCCCAAGGGCGUGAUCGGGUGGAUCGGCGAGAACACGCUGCUCGUCGUCGGCGCGGGCAGAGACGCCAGGUGGGAGAAGUUUGUCGUGCAGGAGGGCCCGGACGGGCGAAGGCGUUGCGUACGGGAGGGGUGGAAGCGCUACCUCUCUGGUCUCUAAAGCUUGUCUUCCUUUCUGUCUUUUCUUUUUGUUUUGUUUUGUUUUUGUGCAAUGACGAACUCCUCUCUGCGAAGUAUGGCGUUUAUGGCGAGAAUGCAGGAGACGGAGUUAAUGGAAGGGUUUGGGCACUAGAGAACCAUACUGAACCGGUAAAGUCACUUGGGCAAGACUAGGCGAAAUCGCUAGAGUACAAAGGUUGGGUUGUUAUUGAUCUCGAUUACAAUUCGAUGGGUAUCUCAGUAUUGUACUGCUCAAUGGCGUAUCAUCGACCUUGCCAACAAGCCCAGCUUGGGCAGAUUUUUGG